CUGAAUUUAAAAUGGAAGUUCAGCAUCGGAUCCCCUUCAUUAAGCAGCUUGGUGUGCCUUUCAGCAUCAAGGCUAUUUGCAAUGGUCUGCUUAAAGACACAGCUGUGGAUGCAUCAUUAAAGCUGACAUAUGAACCAGCCACCAAUGUGAUACUGCAUGUGGAGGGAAUAAAUCAACAUUACAAUAAGGAGUUGCAGUUGAUUGCUUUGCAGAAUAUCCCUACCCUCAGGAACCUUCCCCAGGCAAUAGAAAUCUCAACCAAAACAAAUUACACCACGAAUGUGAUCAAAGGAACUCUGAACGUCAUGUUGGAUGGAAAGAAACUGGACGCUUUCACCAUGUUAACUAUUAGUGAUUCCAGUUUCGGUGAAGUAUUGGAGAUGACCCACACAUUCGCACAGUUGAAAACAAUUCCUAAAGAAUUGGUCUGUAACACAGUUUAUCAGAGGAUUGGCCGAAACUACAAGCUCACUCACAAUUCCACCUGGGAAGACAAAGAACUGAGAUUUUUCGGAAACUACAGUGGACCUUUCCCGAAGAUAUUUGGACGUCAUGAAACCUAUGUGAACUUUCUCCACCCGUUUGCUAUCCCGUUGCCUCACCAAUCGCAGCUCAGGAUGAGUCUGAGUCAUUCUCUCCUCAGUCACCAGGACGACGUUGUAAUUAACUGGGACCACACAGACCAGGUGGUUCUUUUAGCUUCCCUGAAUUUGGAUAACGACCGACUGGACAGCCGAGCCCACCUUCAGCACCCAUUCAAACUCUCUUUGAAGAAGUUUGAACUACAGUGUCUUUCUGAAAGAAAAGAACAGAAAUACAAUCAAAAGGCUCAUGUUUCCUGGAAUGGAGGCCAGCCCGUUGAUCUUAAAUUUACAUUAGAAUACACUUUGGAAAGGAAUUUAACAGCAUGGGACACGUGUGUGGACUUUUCUACAGGCCAGCUGCAGCCCUUGCUUCUGAUACAGUCUCUGCACAGUUGUGGAUCUGUCAUGUCCACUCAAAACUCUUUCACUGAGAGUAUGGAACUUCAUUGGAGUGACAAGAAAAUCAAUCAAAGCUUUGAAUAUCAGAGUCACAGACCAACGAGACCAGACAGUAUCGGAAUUGCUGCCACUUUCUCCAACGUUUUCCAGUCGUCUUGUGGAAGGCAGGACAUUCUUGGGAAGAUCCAAACUGAUUAUCGGGACCAGCUCAACCACUAUCUGAAAUUGUCCUUCUGCAACAUGUCAAAUUCUAUCAAGCUGUCAGGAAAGCACCAGCGGAAUAAAGGAGAAGUUAUUCUGUCAUCCCAAACUCGAGUCAGUCUUUCCAGUAAUGAGAAACAUGACAUGAUGCUGGCAAUGUUUCUGAGAGACAGUGGACAGGCAAAUGUAAAGAACUACUCUCUGGACAUGGAGUGGAGAGCUUCAGAUGUCAGUCACCUAGGCCUGCUCGGGACGUACACUGCCUCAGCCAUCAAGAAAAGAGUGGUUCUGGAGGCAAAAAUUGAAAACAAAGAGAAAAUUAAAGUCGCCAGCACACGUGAGAGAGGAUGUCAGCAUUACUACACUGGAUAUACUUCUGGUGGACCAGAUGAGGAAGGAGUAGCAUUGGCUCUUUGCUCCAGUGGAAGAGGCAAUGCCAAAGCAGAACUGUAUCAGACGCUGAAUGAGACGAAGCAGGGCGAACUGGGCCAUGUUGCGGUUGCUGUUGUCAAUAGGAGUAUGCAGAGUGUCCUGACAAUAACGACACAAGGCUGUGGCCACCUCAUUACCAGGACUGAGGCCAAGCUUUCAGAAAUAGUUUUGCAGUUUAAGAACCACUUGCUGAAAAAGCUCAAAGAUUUUGACCUGCGUAUUUGGAAAUUCAGGAAGAAUGUCGAAGGUGUUGACUUCCUGUAUGAAACAUGCGGUUGGUUGCUAAAGGUUUCCCAGAAGACAGCCGACGUGAUCAGGAAUGGCGGUAGACCAUUUCGUCAGUUCUGGAAGCUGAGCAGAGCCAGGCAGAUGAUGCUACACGCUGUCCCAUUGUACCUAGCAAAGCUGGACGAAAUGUUGCAACAGUUACAAGGAGAACUUCAAAAACCAGUGGCCACAUUAAAGGGCGCUUACUACGAUGUAACAUUGAAGGAACUUGAUCAAGAAUGGAAACAGAAGACUGAGGAGUAUCUGGAAAAAAUUCAAUCUUUUAUACCCACCGUAGUUCAGGAUACAUGGCUGUUGCAUUCCGUGCCAAAAUUGCUUCAUAUUACCAAGCAAGUAUUUGAUUUGGCAGUGCAACAAAUAGUGACGUGGGCAGAGGCGAGAAUCUCCAAAGCAACAAGUAAGAUCCAUAAGCCACUUGCCAAUCUCUACAAAUACUCGCCAGAAGAUUGCUCUGUCGUGGUGAAUGUGCCGUUGCUGUCAAUGGGGAAUCACUUACUUGAUGUGGCGAAGAUUACCAACUACCUUGUUGAAACCAAGCUCAUAAAGACACUGAGGAGCCUGUACAAUAUAAACCCAGUUGCUGAAUAUUACAGAUUGAAACACAGGAUGCUGGACAGCCCCUUUGAGCAUCAAGCCUUACUUAUUGGAAGCAAGCACUACGUGACAUUUGAUGGGAAGAUCUACGAUUUUGCCAGCCAGUGUAGUUUCCUUUUAGCUAAGGAUUUCCAAAGGAACACUUUCACAAUAUUAUUGAAUCAUGAUAGUGAUGGCAAGAAGUCUAUCCGUGUGGAAAUGAAUCACACCAUCAUUGAUAUAUACCCAGGAAUAAAGGUUGAAGAGAAUUGCAAAGCCAGUGAACUGCCCCUGAUGAGAAAUGGAGUUACAGUCCGAAAGGACCUCAAUAAAAUCAAAGUAUCAAAUCAAAAUGGAGUGACAGUAUCAUGUGAUGUCCAAUAUGACGUCUGCAGUCUGACUCUCCCUGGAUGGUACCAUGGCUUAUCAGCUGGUCUGUUUGGAACAAAUGAUAAUGAAGCCGGGAAUGAGUUCAUGUUGCCCAAUCACUCUCAGACUGAGAACGUGGAAGAGUUUGCACACAAAUGGCAGAUUGAUGCACCCUGCCGUACCACUGGCAAGAAGAUCAAGCUAUGCUUUGGCAGUGCUUUUCAGUAUAUCUGCAAAAUGUUAUUCAAAGGUCUCUACUCACCGCUGAGAAAUUGUUUCAGAGUGGUCGAUCCUAUUCCAUUCUAUGACAUGUGCCUGAGUGAUAUGUGUGAAUCCUCGGACCUCCAGCCAGGCUGUAACCUCGCAGCUGCCUUUGUCCAUAUAUGCAACAGGAAUUUUGUCCCUCUGGAAAUUCCGUCACAAUGUGUGACUGGCAAGGCCGGUGACAGUAUGCAGAAUGAUGACGUGAUAGAUAUUGGACAAAGACUAACACUGGAAUCAGCUGAUGUCCUCUUCAUCAUUGAGGAAAGAGACUGCAAUAAGCCCAUUGUCACGCAACUUCCUUCAAUUAUUAACUCAUUGGUCGAAACCUUCAAAACACAAGGAAUCACGGAUGUGAAAUUCGGUUUCAUUGGCUUUGGCGAUGAAGGCGUUCAUGAGCAGCACCUGCUCACUGUAAAGAGAGAGAAUUCAUCAUCAUGGCACUUGGAAAAGGAGCUGGGUAACCUGUUGUUCAACCGCAAUAUCUCAUACAACAUACCGGCUGCUGUAACUCUGGUAACACAGUGGCCUUUCCGUGUUGAAGCAGUCAAGAGUGCAGUUCUACUGACUUGCUCCACAUGUCACCGAAACUAUGAGUUGUCUGAAGACACUUUGCAGACCUUGCUGACAUCAUCGGGAAUCAUAUUGCACGUUCUAAAGGAUAUGAGGCUCCAGCUUAAGAAUGGAGAGAGCGACGUCAGUGUUGUUGGUUUGGACGACAGCAGUGUCUUUAGAGUCAGCAACAGUGGAAGCCAACCGUUUAAAACAUCACACCAUCACGUUGCAUUGCCUGCUGAGGAUGUGUGUCUGACUGCAGCAAUCAAAUCGGGAGGUGCAGUAUUUGAUUCUUCAAAGUUCAUCUCACAAGGUGAAAAUUUCCUCCAAUUAUUUAGUCACCGAGUCACCAGGAAGCAUAAGGACAGCAAGUGUGAGACUUGCCAGCACACUGCAGGUUGAAAUGGUUUGACGCUUGUUAUCUGAGUUGACUGCCUUUAGCAAAGAGAAUGUCCAAUAAUUAUAGGGCGAGGAGCACAUAAUGAGAAAUGUAUCCUACAGACUGUACACCCAUGGAAUUAAAGGUCUUUUUUUCACAUUCAUAACAUUAUUGCAGACCACAUCAUCACGCGUUACUCGAAGAUAAAAAUGAUUGCAAAUGAAUGAUCAAAGCAGCAGGCAUUUCAGUCUGUGUCUUAUUUGUACUGUCAGCCUAUUGUUGGAUUUAUUUUCCUAGCACAGCAGUGGGAGGAUAUUUUUAAUACUCCCCAAACCAUUGUUGAUCUCUGUACAAAAUAUCCUUGAAGGUUCACCAGAAUUAAUCAAUGUGGAUGAUAAGUGGAAGCUAAGCUGGGCAGGUAAAACGCACUUCAGAAAGCCAAGCUUGGAAACUCAUGGUCUGACAUUUCAGCUGAACAAAGCUGGUUAGUCUAACUGUGCUGCACAGAUAACUGUGUCUGGGCACAUGCCAUCCAUGCAAUUUAAUAUGGGCUGUCAGCAAACAUUUGAUUUCUUCAUUUUCAACUUAUUGAAUUUACUGAAUCGUUCUGUAUUAGAAACAGACCCAAAGGCUUGGAGCUGCUGAAGAAGCACAGAACAGUAGGACUUAUUUUAUAAUGGGUGAUAGAACAUGUUUGAUGAGUUCAUCAUGUAAGAAAUGGUGUUCUGCAAAUUUGACUUGCAAACCUUGAAAUGAUAUUGAGGUCCAAAAUCCUUUCAAACAUAUUUUACGAGUGCAGGGUCCACAUUAUUGGGUGAAUGUUGCAUUGUGCUGUGAUAGUCUGUCAGUCUUGUUGAGUUUACUCUUGUUCACAAUGGGCGUCAAAAGCUGGUUGGCUUACCUAGCAAGGUGAAGAGAUUCAGUCACUUGAAAGAACAGAGAUUCUAUCACAUUCACUGGCAGGCAUGAUCAGUAGCAAGAAACAUUCUGGUUAACAUGGCAGUGAAAUUAUAUCUACUGCUCCUUCAAUAAAGCUGCAAACCUUAGCAAGCACCUUCAUUAGUCCAAUUAGAUUAAAUUAGUUAUGGAAAUAAUAUUCAGAACAUCAAGGAAGACAACAGUUUGUUGAGUAGCAGUAAUAGUUUACUACCCGAAUUGUAAAUAUCUCAAUUUUGCAUAAAAUGUGUGCGUUUUUGUUCUGUCUCUCAAUUAAUACUGUAACUACAUUCCUUAUCUCUGACACACUUUGUUAUAAUUAAAUUAAUACUGGAUUUUUUGGUAAAUGUAGAUUAUCAGUCUCAGUGAGGUAUGUUAUCAGUAAGUGAAUUGUAGCUAUCAUUUCCCCUUUAGACAUUGAAUGUCCUGAAAUACAGCUUUCAUAUUUUGUGCUGGCUUGAGGAAUGUAUAAAUAGUAUGACCUGCAGGUUUUCUUUGUUUGUUCAUUGAAUUACACAUUUUUGAAAUCUAGAGAAAGCAAUGUUUUGAUUAUAUCUUGUAAUUCUCAGUUUUCAGUUUUGUUUCCUUCUACUAGUGAAGUUACUUUAUUCGAACGUUGUAAUAAGUUUCAGUCAUUAUAGUUCUGCAGUUGGAGGGGACUAAAUCUUGCACAUGUUUUCAAUGUCAUAUUUCUCCCUUACCUCAUCAAUACCA